CUUUAUUACUAUGGAGGUGUCGUAAUUAAGGGAUAAUGUUAUCGAUUACUCUUAAAAAUAAUUGAACGUGCUUUACUACAGUGAAUAAAGGAUGUGAUAUACAAAGUAUGCCGUAAGAAAAAAUAAAAUAAUAAAUCGUAGGCAUUACUCGUAUCUGCGUGCAAAGUACGUCGUAUUUAGGAUUUCCCGAGCAUCGAGGAAUUGCCUAAUUAUUAGCGACUCUUCGCUCCUCAACACUAUUCCUAUCAUUUAAUUAUUAUUAGCAUACGCACGAUUCACAAAGUACAUCACAAUCUAAUUGGUCACGUGCUUUACACUUGGUACUUAUUUUUUUACAUAGGUUAUGUGCACAACAUGGAUAUAUUAAAAUUUGUUAAUCGUCAAGAUAAUAAAUAUACCGAUUUGUUCGAAAGUGUAUUGCGCGAUGAAAUAUUAAAUACUGAUCGGCAAAAGGUGGAUAAUGUAGAAAAAAGUAUUGUAGCUGCUGUCAAUGCAAAACUUGAACACGCGGCCACUCAUUGUCAAGGCUUAAAUUUACUUUCUAAUUUUGUAUGUAAGAUAGAUAAAGAAAGUUUGUCAAAGUACUUUCCAUACUGGACAGGCAAAAUUAUACAAAUAUUAAGCAAUGCGCACAGUGAUUCCCAAGAAUUGAUAUCAGUAUGCAGGACUAUCGCUGCAUUAUUUACAACUUGUAAGCAAAUAGCAGAACUUGAUAAGCGAAUAUCCAUGUAUGUUAUUAAGCAGAUAAUAGGUAUUAUCAGUGAGCACUAUUCUAAGGAUAAAAAUGAAAUAUUACUAAAUUUGUUUGUUGUCUUAUUAUAUCAUUAUCCACAAUCGUGUGUGCGUUUACAGGCAUUUCUAAAUCCAAUUAUUUCAUCCUGUAUCGAUGACGAUAAAAACAAUUUAGUUAUUUCCGGAGCGAAAUGUUAUUCCUUGCUAGUACGUGCGAUCGAGCGUAUAUUCCUAAAUGUAUCAAAAAACAGUUACGCUGUCGCACAUGAUAAUAAUAGUGCAAGUUGUCACAUUUUCUAUCAAAUAAAUUUGUGCAAUAAUUUGCACAUAAUAAUGAACGAGUUGUUCCAAGAUCUAAUAACAGUUAAUUUUGAAUUACCAUAUGAUCUUCAAAAUACGGAGUAUAUGCAUAUUAUACAAUUGUCUAAAAUAUCAUGUACUGAUAUACUUGAAUAUUAUAUGAGAACAGAGAAUAGAUUUACUAAUAUUUGUAUCUACUUGUCUACAUUAUUGAAAGUCGGUGGUAAGGGUGGAAAGAAGUUUGUUCUACCUAAUGUAAUACUGCAGGUAAUAUGUCAAGGAUUAUCUGUUACACCAAUUAAUUUAAAUAAAGGUGACAAUGAGGGUAGAAAAGAUUUGUUAUUACUAAUACUGCCAAAAUUACACAUGGCAUUGUUAAAUGUUUUGAAAGCUUUAAUUAUUAGUUUUCAACAGGAAUUACUAUCAUUUGCUCUAACUAUCCAACGUCUUAUUAUACAAAUUUUAGAAUGGACCCAGCAAUAUUCUCAAGAAUCUUAUAAAAAUAUUAGAGUACUUGCUUACAAUAUUUUAUCAAUAUGGUUACAGCAAACAAGAUCGUUAUCAGGAUUUCAACUGAUAGCUGAUGAGUUUCUGCCACACAUAAUUAAAGAUAUUUCAUUGACUAAGGAAAAUAUACUCGUUUUAACUUCAAAGGCAAAUAAAAAAAUCACAAAUAAAAAUUUAAUCGAUAAAAAUUUAAAAGAAAAUGAAAAUUUAAAUCAAUAUGAAGCUGAAUCUAGCAAUUUUAAUCGCAUAGACUCAAUUCUGAGUUUAAAUGUUGUUUUAACAGUUCAAUCAAUUCUUUCGCAUGCAAAUUGUUUUUUAAAACAAUCGUUUUAUGACAGAAUUAAAAAUACGGUGGUACUACUUUUGUAUGAGCAAUACAUAAAUAAAAAUUCAAUAACCGUCCAUAAAGUUAAUGCAGAAUAUCGAUUACAACUUUUAAGAACUUUACGAAUAUUACAAACGCAUGCUCAUAGUUCGACACCUAGCCCUACCUCAUAUGCUAUUCAAAUAUUUGGAAUAGCCAUUUCUCAAGAAAGUGAGUCAGAAAUUAUCGAGGAAGCAACUCUUGGUUUAGCUGAAAUUCGUCACAUAGUGAACCCUACAGCUCCAUCGCUUAUGUUGCCACUCUCUAAAUUAUCAAAUUCAUCCCCAUCUUCCAAACCUUCAUCGCCACAAUUACUCCCUUCAAUAGAAGAUAUGCAUUUUCUGCAAAUUGAUAUUAAUCAAGAUUUUAAUAACGAGUGUAAUGCUUCAAUUGGGCUAAAUAAACGACCAAGAUUGGACGAAGAAAACUCUUAUACUCGGACUUCCAUUGGCACUGUUAACUCAAAUGAAAAUAAAACCAGUGAAAAUAGUGCUUUAAUUGACGAGGACAAAGAAAUGAUAACGUCAUGCUGUAAUGUGUCAUCGUCCGAUAAUCUGUAAAUUUUUAAUAAAUAUAAACGCAAUUUAAAUACA